AAUACUCACAGGCUCAUCAGCCAUCACAAAUCCAACCCAAUCCGAUCCAAAUACCCCCCUUGACCCCUCACUUCCACUCUCUUCUGCUAUCGUCUCUUCUGCUUCCAUUGCCGAAACAUGCUAAUAUUCAGUACUGCGACGCUAGGAUCAGUCUCGGGCGUUUCCUUUCUCUCGCACAUCUUCACCAGCGAUGCCACUUACACUCCUCCUCAGUUCCCUUCUCUCGUAAACCAUUGCCACAAAUCUCCCGCCAAAAGAUACUCUUUCCACGCUGCCAAAGUCUCCGUCUCUGGCAACGCCAACACCGAAGUUUCCGAGCAAUCCUCCGCUGCCCAACUUUCCGAUGACUCGUCUGCCUUACCGGAGGCCGUUCGGCAAGCUCGGAUAUCUGGUGAUUGGGAGGUAGCAAGGACUUAUAAUGGUAGUGGAUUCAUGUACGAGGGCAGGAUUGAAGGUUAUAAUGGUGGAGGCUUGCUGGUCCGGUUUUAUUCUCUUGUAGGUUUUCUGCCGUUCUCACAGUUGAGUCCAUCACAUUCUUGUAAAGAAUCACGCAAAAGUAUCCAUGAGAUUGCUAAGGAUUUAACAGGUUCAGAUAUUUCUGUGAAGGUAAUCCAAGCAGAUGAGGAGAACAAGAAGUUGAUACUCUCUGAAAAGGAAGUUGUCUGGUCAAAAUUUUCUGAACAAGUUAACAUAGGUGAUAUUUUUGAAGCAAGAGUGGGUUCUGUUGAGGACUAUGGUGCCUUUAUCCAUUUACGUUUCCCUGAUGGUUUUUAUCAUCUCACUGGACUGGUGCAUGUCUCAGAGGUUUCUUGGGAUUUAGUUCAGGAUGUAAGAGACAUCCUAACUGAAGGUGAUGAAGUAAGGGUGAAAGUUACAAGUGUUGAUAGGGAAAAGUCAAGGAUUACCCUGUCAAUCAAGCAGUUAGAGGAAGAUCCACUUCUAGAAACUUUGGACAAGGUUAUACCUCAGGAUGCCUCUACUAUUCCUGAUUCUUUGAGCAAUAGCGACAUCAGUACUAUUGAACCGCUUCCAGGGCUUGAAUCGAUAUUUGAAGAGCUACUACAGGAAGAUGGCAUAGAUGAUGUAAGAAUCAUUAGACAAGGGUUUGAGAAACGGGUGGUUUCACAAGAUCUGCAGCUUUGGCUUUCAAAUGCACCACCCACUAACCAGAAAUUCACUCUCCUUGCCCGUGCUGGAAGGCAGGUGCAGGAAAUACAUCUGAGAACGUCGCUUGAUCAGGAAGGAAUCAAAAAGGCAUUGCAGCGAGCAUUAGAACGUGUCCCAUAAUUUAUGCAAUGUUCUUUUGUACAGAAGUUAUGAUUAAUGAGUAAUGCUGCACUUUCAUACCUAUUUUAUCACACUACUUCACAUUGGUUGAUGUGACGAGCUGAAUAGAGAUAAAAAGUUUUGUUUCCUUACGUAGCUAUUUAAUCCAUGCCACAUCGGUGGGUAUUUAAUCCAUGCCACAUCAGCGGGUAUGAAGUGGGUGUAAAGAAUAUAUUAUUCAUUAUGAAUUUAAAAUCUGGCCAUUGUGAGCUGUAUA